AUGAUUAAUGCAGAUUCUUAUUCAUCAAUCAUGAUAACAGAAAAACAAGUUGAACAUGUUAUUAUACCAAUGCCACAUGAACAUUUUGUUGUGCUCACACCAAAUAUUAUAAUUAUAUUUUUGACUAUCAUUUUAAUUGUUUUUUAUAUUCGUCAAAGUACAAAUAUUAGACAAAGAAUAGCUGAUAGACAGCAUGAUUUCAAUGAUAUACAUUCAACAUUAUCAUUACCAAAUGUUCUUUCUAAUACAUAUCAAGGAUCUUUAUCUAAUCGAAGUAAAUCAUUAAUGACUUUUUAA